CCCCAAUUGGAGUCGAAAGACGAGUGAGAAAUGGAAGCAGAGCCAUUCCGCCCAAGCAGAAGAACUAAGAAUCUUGUGGAUGAUGGCCCUACUUCCUCCGAUUCAUCUUCUCCAGAGCAACAACAAGAAGUACAAGACCUACUUCACAAUUCCCAUCAAGAUUCCUCCUUUAAUCCUCCCCUCUUCCUCUUCCGCAAUAAUUCUAAUUCUAAUUCAAAGAAGCAGAGGUUUUACCGAUGCAAAACCGCACCUGCCAUGGUCGUUAUGCCUCAAGAAAAAUCUACCGAUCCCAAACCCGCUCAAGCCGAUUCCGCUUCUCUUCUCAGACAGGCUGCUCUUCUACUUAUCCUCUACCUGUCUUUGGGUGUCUUCAUCUACUAUUUCAACAGAGAUCACUUCUCUGGACUUGAAACGCAUCCACUUGUGGAUGCCCUUUAUUUCUGCAUCGUGACUAUGUGCACCAUCGGUUAUGGCGACAUUGCCCCUGUCACACCUUCUGCAAAACUCUUCUCAUGCUUCUUUGUGUUGGUAGGUUUCGGGUUCAUUGAUAUCAUGUUGUCUGGGGUUGUCAAUUACGUCCUGGAUUUGCAAGAGAACAUGGUAUUGAAAAGCAUUAGAAUGAACCACGCAGGUCUCUACAUGGUAAACAACAAGGGAUUAGAAGAAACAAGAUUUUCUCCAAUAGACUACAUUUUUGAUUUUGCAAAAGGGAGGAUGAGGAUCAGGUUGAAGGUUGGGCUGGCAUUGGGUGUUGUAUUGUUGAGUAUAGGAAUGGGAACAGUGGUAUUGUUCUUUGUGGAAGGUCUGGAUUGGAUUGAUUCAUUAUAUCUGUCUGUUCUAUCUGUGACUACUGUUGGGUACGGAGAUAAGGCCUUCGAGACCCUUCCUGGUCGAUUAUUUGCAUCUAUUUGGCUUCUCUUCUCUACUUUGAUGGUUGCACGUUCCUUUUUGUAUUUGACUGAGGCCAGGAUUGAUAAGAGGCAUAGGAGACUUGCCAAUUGUGUUUUGCACCGCCAAAUCACUGUCAAGGACUUGCUAGCUGCAGACAUUAAUAACAAUGGCUUCCUUUGCAAAUCAGAAUACAUAGUGUUCAAGCUGAAAGAAAUGGGGAAGAUCAGAGAGAGAGAUAUAUUGCAGAUAUGUGAUCAAUUCAACAAGCUGGAUACUAACAAUUCUGGGAAGAUAACGCUGCACCGUCUCUUGGCAGGCCGAAGCAAUUGAUAUAUUCAUUCAAAAUGUAGAGAAAUUUAUGGUGAGGAAUUAGGAGAGGAUUGGACUGUGUAUAUUCAAUUGUAUACUUCAAAUUGAAGUUAAAGUACAUAAAUUAUUAUAUGGAGUAUGGAGUGGAGUAAUAGAAAAUGUUUGUUGGGUGGAGCAA